AAAUGACUCAUUCAGACUACAGUCAUACCAUUGUGGAACAUUUUCAUACACUAUAACCACAGGACUCAGAACAAUAUAACUUUAGUGCACUGACACUGCUUACUAUUAUACUUAUACUGUUACAAUUAAGUGGUCUUGUAGUAGUCAUAUUCUCGUCUAUGGUCGCCAUACAAUCUUUUCGUCUCUAGUUUUUCAAGAGUUGUUUUCCAGUCUACUAAAUUUUUUUGUACUUCGCUCUGUAAAGCCACACCGACAUCAUGUCACUGUAUCCUUCUUUGGAAGAUUUAAAAUUGGACGAAUUUAUUAAGACACAAAAUCAAAUUGUCCAACAUAAUGAAAAUCCACCUCCGUUUAUGGCUAUCUGUCCACCUCAUCCAUCGGGUAUGGAUCAAGAAUCAUUAAACGCCAUGUACCCGAUACUCAAUGAUUAUAUGGGAUUAGAGCUUAGUAUCUUAGCACAAAAUAACAGCAUUGACAUUCCUUCCCAGAAUAGCCAAUCAAAAAAUAAUGUUGUAGCUACUCCUUUCCAGGAUAAUGUAGUGCAAGUGACAAAUGGUGUUCGUAAGUUGGUGUUAUGUAAAGAUGGGAAAGGCCAAAUAGGAUUAAAAAUGUCCACAUUCAACAAUGGAAUAUUUGUUAGUGUUGUAGUACAAGAAAGUCCUGCUGCUAAGGCUGGUUUAAGAUUUGGUGAUCAAAUAUUACAAAUAAAUGAAGUUUUUGUUGCGGGAAUGAGUGUUGACAAAGUCAACAAAAUUUUUAGAGAAUGUUCAGUUAAUAACAUUUGUGUUAUUGUCAGAGACAGGCCUUUGGAACGUACUAUAAAUUUGUAUAAAGACCGUGCUGGCCAGAUUGGAUUUCAAUUCAAAAAUGGUAAAAUUAAUAAUAUUGUCAAAGAUUCAUCAGCAGCUCGUAAUGGAGUGCUCACAGAUCAUCAGUUAUUGGAAAUCAAUGGACAAAAUAUUAUCGGCAUGAAAGACAAACAAGUAGUAGACAUUAUUGCUAAUGCUGCAGACUGUAUUACUAUAACAAUCAUUCCAGUAUCGAUUUAUGAACACAUGAUGAAAAAGAUUGCUCCAUCAUUGAUCAAGAACAUAAUGGAUCAUUCAACAAUAUAAGAAUAAAGAAGAAACCUAUUCAUUUAUUGAAGUCAUUUUUAAAGUUCAUUAUUUACUUAACAUAGCUUCAUUUUUAUUUAUAAUUUAUUUGUGUAUGGAAAGGUCAUCCAUUAAUUACUAUUGUCAAAUUUUUUUAUACAACUGAGCUAGAUUUAACAAAUUAUACAUUCUACUUAAAUUCAAUUAUCAUUCCUAUAUUACCUAAUUUAUGUUAAUUUUUUAUUAUUAGUUAUGAGUUUUAAAUUUUAAAAUGUUAAAUGUUAAAGAAUAAUAAUUUUGAGUUAUUUUAUGACGUAUAAUAUAAUAAUUAAUAACUCAAUUUUAUUUAAAUUGAAAUAGAAAAAUCUAUUUGUUUAAAAAAAAAAACUAGAUCUAUUAUUAUAAGUAGUAUUUAUUUGUUUUUUUAUACAUAUUAUAUUUUAAACUACUAGAGCACUAUUUACAUAUUGUAGAGAAGAACUAAAAUUAGCCAAAGUUUUGUUCUAGCUUAAUAUUAUAAACUAUUUUAAAUAAGA